GUUUAGGAAAAUCUGAACUCUCAUCAGUUUUCGAAGAAGAAGAAAAGAAGAAAGAAGAAAAGUUUCAUCCUUAGCCGCCAGCCAUGUCCAAAAAUCCUACAGAUCCUCAUUUUCACUACCCAUCGCCGUCCUCCGGUGACCAGAUCCCGGUAACAUCUUCUUCCGCCGCCGCCCCUCCUCCUCCUCCUCCAAACGAAACAUGGGGGACUCACGUCAUGGGAACGCCGGCAGUCCCCACAGCUCAUCCCGCCAAUCAGAAAGCCGCCUUCUGGAGCGCCGGAGAUCAAAACCAGAACCAGCAGCAACACAAUCCUUAUCUCCACUAUAGCCCCGUUCAGAAACCACCGUCAUCCAGCUCCGGCUCCGGCACCGGAAACAGCCCUAUGGAAUGCAUCCUCCAGAAAUUCAAUACUUGGGGAAAGAAGACCGAGAUCACCGCCAACAACAUCUGGCACAACUUGAAAACAGGGCCAUCGGUGUCGACAGCUGCUUGGGACAAGUUAAAUCUGAAUGCCAAAGCCAUAACAGGAGGUGGAUUCGAGGUUUUAUACAAACAAACCUUCGAUACAUUACCAAACGAGAAAUUGAAGAAAACAUUCGCCUGUUACUUAUCAACAUCCACCGGUCCUGUUGCCGGAACACUCUACUUGUCGAAUCUUCAUUUAGCUUUCUGCAGCGAUCGCCCUCUUUCAUUCACAACACCGUCCCGUCAAGAAUCUUGGAGCUACUACAAGAUUAUGGUACCGUUAUCGAAGAUCAGUAUGAUCAAUCCCGUUGUAAUGCGAGACAAUCAAUCUGAAAGAUAUCUCCAGAUAAUGACGAACGAUGGACAUGAUUUCUGGUUUAUGGGUUUCGUUAAUUUUGAAAAAGCAGCUCGCCAUAUCUCUGAAAGCCUUGCCGGCUUUUCCGCCGCCCCCGGUUUCGCCGGACCGCCACAUCUACAUCCCUGACCGCCAUCCUCUUUUUUGUUUUCUUUAUCUAUAAUACUUUAUUAUUAUUAUAUUUGUAAUUUAUGUGUAAUAAAUAAUUUCCUUCUAUUUAUUAAUAAUGUAUUAUU